AUGCAGCCGCUCAUUUCUGCCAUGACAUCGCUACGCGACAUGAUCAUCGCGGCUUUCAAGUCCCUCACCAGGGGCAGGUCCUUCAUCCAGGCCCUGCUGGCCUUUUGGGUCAGCCCCAACGUCCUCAAGGAGUGCCACGAGUCGAACGAUGGCCCGUGUUGCCCGAGGCCGGCCCAGGACUUCCUCCUCGAGGUCGAAGAUCUCCUCUCGCAGCCGAUAGAGUCUGCGGCGCUGCUGAGCUUCUCCAGGAACCUCAAGACGCAGUUUCGCCAGCGGUUGUGGUCGAACCGGGCUUGCAUGCUGCCGUCGUACAACUACCAGCUGCCCAACGGUUCGGAGCAGGGUCGCUAUCUGGCCGUGGACGUGGGCGGCUCAACCCUCCGCGUGGCCCUGGUUGAGUUGAAGGGGCUGGAGGACGGCGGCUAUGAGGGUUGCAGUCGAAUCGUGAGGAUCGACAACUUUCGCAUAGACUUCGGCGUCAAAGCACUUGUUGGAAGGGCCUUCUUCGACUGGAUGGCCGCAAGGAUCCUCGAAACAAUCAGAUCUGCGUCGGAGGGUGUUGCUGGAAGCAUGGAAGAGCUCAACGGCAGUCCGCAGGCCCCGAUCCCGGUGGGUUUGGCAUGGAGCUUUCCAAUCGAACAAACCUCACUGAAAGGAGGCCUGCUGCAAAAUAUGGGCAAGGGAUUCCUUGCCGCGGACGGACUGCUUGGUCAAGACCUCGGCGAAAUAGUCAAACAGGCAUGCAGUGGCCGCGGGCUCCACGUUGAAGUCUCAGCCAUAAUCAACGACUCCUCCGCCGCGCUCCUCUCCGAAUCUUACCGCCGCUCGUCAACCCGCUUCGGGCUCAUUCUUGGGACGGGGUUCAACAUCGCGGCGUAUAUGCCAGUGACCACCAUCGACCGGCCCAAGUUCGGGGCUCGACCGGCCGGCUGGUUUGACAAAGCCAGCCACGUUAUCGUCAACACGGAAAUGGGCAUGUUUGGCCAGGGGUUCCUGCCCAUGACCCGCUGGGACGAGCAGCUAAAAGCAGCACACCCCAAGCCUGAGUUCCAACCCCUCGAGCACUUUGUCGCCGGCCUGUACAUCGGCGAGCUUGCCAGGCUCAUUAUGGUUGAGGCCAUAGAGACGACCGGUCUGUUUGGCGGUGUCGUACCGCCGAGUUUGAAGGGCCCUUAUACUUUGGAAACCGAGACCUUCGACGAUAGUCCGAAUCUCGAAAAAGCCCUGGCCGCAUUCGCAUCCCGUCAUCUCUCGUCGCAAAAACCCCUCGUCUCGGACAUCCUGGCCCUGCGCAGCAUAUCCAAGCUGGUCACGCGUCGCUCCGCCGCCAUGGUCGCGGCCGCUCUGUACGGGCUCUGGGAGCUCAAGAGGGAGACGGAGAACGAGCACCUCGAGCCGCAGCAUAAUGCGGAACCUGCCCGUGUGCGGUUCGCACAGGAGACCAGAGCCGAGCUGGACCUCGGUCGCGUCGUGGUUGGCUUCAACGGGUCCGUUAUUGAGCAAUACCCCGGCUAUCGAACAAACUGCCAGCUGUACAUCGAUGCGCUUUUCGAGAUAUCACAGCACAGGUCUCCCUAUGUAACAGAUCUGCCCCAUGAAGAGCAGCUGAUCGAGCUCGUCCCUGCAAAGGAGAGCUCGCUCCUCGGGGCUGCUGUGGCCCUGGCGUGUCUUGAAAGAGGCAAGGCCAAUUGA